CUGCGUCCAGUGCUCCUCCCGGAUUGCUCCGCCCUGAGCCCCGCUCGGCAGUAACCCGGCUCGCCUAACUUGUGCUGUCCGCUUUGGGGACGGUGGGCUCGUACCCGGGCGCGCAGAUGCAGGGCGCAGAGGUCGACCCCGCCCUCGCCGCUGUCACGCGGCAGGUCAGCGGUCGCGCCGCCCCAGCCACAGUCCCGAGCGGCCCAGAGCGCGGGCAGCCCCUGGCCGUAGCGGUGGCCGAGCUGCCCGUGCUGGACGCCUCCGGGAGGCAGGUGCCUUUCGGCGCGCUGUUUCGGGAGCGUCGGGCUGUCGUAGUCUUCGUGAGGCAUUUCCUGUGUUACAUUUGCAAGGAAUACGUAGAAGAUCUGGCCAAAAUCCCCAAGAGUUUUUUACAAGAAGCAGAUGUCACUCUAAUAGUGAUUGGACAGUCAUCCUAUCAUCAUAUCGAGCCUUUCUGCAAACUGACUGGGUAUUCUCAUGAAAUCUAUGUUGACCCUGAGAGAGAAAUUUAUAAAAAAUUGGGAAUGAAAAGGGGUGAAGAAAUUGCCUCCUCAGGAAACAGUCCCCACAUAAAGUCGAAUAUACUCUCAGGAAGCAUUCGGAGUCUGUGGAGGGCAGUGACUGGCCCUCUUUUUGAUUUUCAAGGAGACCCUGCUCAGCAAGGUGGAACCCUCAUCUUAGGUCCAGGUAACAACAUCCAUUUUAUACACCGUGAUAAAAAUAGGUUGGAUCACAAACCCAUCAACUCUGUUUUACAGCUUGUAGGAGUUCGGCACGUGGACUUUACAAGCAGACCUUCGGUUAUCCAUGUGUGAUGGUAUAGACUGUGGACACUUGGAAUAUGACCUGAAAUGUUCAGAAUAUGGUAUCCUUGUGCAAUGUCUAGCUUUUUGGCUUUUCCCAGCCUUUGAGGAGUUAUGAAAACAGAAGAGACUGUGUACCAGUUAUUUUGUGCUGGGAGGCAUCAGUUGUCAAAAAUGUGAUAUUUAUAAUUCUGUAGCUUUUAAAAUUUUAUGUAAAAUUAAAGUUUGUUUAUAUAAAACUUUAAAAGCUAUAAAAUUAGAAAUACUAUUCUUUAUUUUACAUUAUGGUAAUCCAUUAAAUGAAAGUUUCUGUUGGCCAUUAAAAUAAUAAAUUCUUUUGAAGAACAUAUAAAUGGAAAGGUAAGCAACUCACCACCAUUUUAUCCAGUAAAAAAAGCAGGAUAUCAAAUUCUAUAAAUAAUAUAAUCAUUUU